CGAGUACAUAUCGAAAAAAAUUUUUCAUGCAAUGAGUAGUAUCGAAAAAAAAUACUUAUAUUCGAAAAAAGCGCAAAUAGUAAUAGUCAUAUAUAAUAUUUAUAGUGUUAUUUGCAAAAAAAAUUCGUUAAUUAUGGCCUUCACACGAACAAAGCACGCAACUCGAGAUCAGUUGCCACAUUUAUUAAAAAAUGUACCUGAGGAACACCAAGAACCAAUCAAAAAAAUGUGUCUAAAAAUGAUGUCGCACGAUGCCUAUGGCAAACCCUACCAAUGGACUUCACGAGACUUUGACUUGGGUGCACCCUUGGGACGCGGCAAGUUCGGACGCGUCUACUUGGCACGCGAACGGCAUUCUCACUUUAUGGUCGCCAUGAAAGUGAUGUUUAAGGAGGAACUACGCAAGGGCAAUGUGCAACGCCARGUGCUGCGCGAAAUAGAAAUACAAUCGCGUCUCAAACAUCCCAACAUAUUGCGCCUGCUAACCUGGUUCCAUGACGAGUCUCGCAUUUAUUUAGCACUGGAAAUCGCCUCUGAAGGUGAACUGUUCAAACAUUUGCGCAAUGCACCGAAUCAUCGCUUYGAUGAGCCGCGAUCAGCCAAGUACACCUAUCAGGUGGCSAAUGCACUCAACUAUUGUCAUCUCAAUAAUGUUAUACAUCGCGAUCUAAAGCCCGAAAACAUUCUAUUGACGAGCACCGAUGAUCUGAAGUUAGCAGACUUUGGCUGGUCUGCUCAUACACCGCACAACAAGCGAAAAACGAUGUGUGGCACAUUGGAUUAUCUGCCGCCCGAAAUGGUCAGUGGACACUCCUAUGAUGACAGCGUCGAUCAAUGGUGCUUGGGCAUACUGUGCUUUGAGUUCCUAGUGGGUAGUCCACCCUUUGAAGCUAGCACCUCUGAGAAUACGCAGGCUCGAAUCAAGCGUUUGGAUAUGCAUUAUCCAUCGCAUCUGUCGCCGGGCGCCAAGGAACUUAUUUCAGGACUUAUCCGUCGCGAGGGUCGCAUUAGUCUGAUAGAUGUUAUGACAAAUCCUUGGGUGAAGGAGGGAAUGGCAAUCCGAGCUGCACAACUCCAGCAGAUGAGAAACGAGCGGGGUAAAGAAAAUCAAGCCAGAAAUUAGAUAACCCUCAAUAUUCUACAUGCCAAUCAGGUCAUUUUUAAAU